AAAUAACAACAUACAACAAAUAACAGUACCUAAAAUAACUACUCAAAAUCUCAUAUCAAAAUAUGGCAAAAUUGUUUAGUUCAUUUUUCUUCAAAUCUCUUUUCAUCUUUUGGUACCGUUUUCUCCUUAUACAACUCAAAAACCACCUCAUAGUUUUUCAUAGAACUAUUAGCAACACUUUUGCUAAUACAACAUCAUCACAAAUUAAAUACCAAAAAUUCACCUCUCUUGUUCAUAGAUCAGACCUCAAUGAUCACACAUUAAUCUUCGAUGUCGAAAACACUCUGCUUAAAUCUUCUUCUCUGUUUCCAUAUUUCAUGCUUGUAGCAUUUGAAGCAGGAGGAUUAUUUAGAGCCAUUGUUUUAACUCUCUUAUACCCUCUUAUUUAUUUAUCAGGAGAAAAAAUGGGGUUGAAGAUUAUGGUCAUGACAUGUUUUUUCGGUAUUAAAGCGGAAAGCUUUAGAAUUGGAAGAUCAGUUAUGCCAAAAUUCUUCUUGGAAGAUGUUGGUUCAGAAAUUUUUGAUGUGAUUAAUAAAGGUGGGAAGAAAAUGGGUGUUAGUAAUUUACCUCGUGUUAUGGUUGAGAGUUUCUUGAAAGAGUAUUUGGAAAUUGAUUUUGUUGCUGGUAAGGAGUUGAAAAUAUUUAAUGGUUACUAUAUUGGGUUGAUGGAUGAGACAAAAAAUGUGCAUGCUUUGAAACAAAUUCAAGAGGGAAAAGGCUCAUCAGAUAUGAUUGGUAUUACAAGAUUUAAUCACAUUCUUGAUCAUGAAAUUUUCUCUUCUUGCAAGGAAGUCUAUGUUGUAUCACAAGGUGACAAAAGAAGUUGGAAAAACCUAGCAAAAGAAAAAUACCCAAAACCACUUAUUUUUCAUGAUGGAAGAUUAGCUCUAAAACCAACUCCAUCAGAAUCAUUAGCAAUGUUAAUGUGGCUUCCAUACGGACUGAUCCUAUCUGUUAUCAGAAUCAUACUUGCAAUUUCACUUCCAUUCAAAAUCGCAACUCCAAUACUAACCUUUUCCGGAAUCCGUCUCACAUCUUCACUUCCAGAAAACUCUCAUAGUAACAAACAAAAUCGCGCUGAAGCCCGUGAUCACGGCCAUCUCUACGUGUGUAACCAUAGAACCUUAUUAGAUCCACUCUACAUUUCAUUCACAUUACAAAAGAAUUUAAUCGGGGUAACUUAUAGUUUAAGUAGAAUGUCUGAAAUACUAUCGCCAAUUAAAACGGUGCGUUUAACGCGGAAUAGAGAUAAAGAUUCAAAAAUGAUGAAGCAGUUAUUACAACAAGGGGACCUAGUUGUGUGUCCAGAAGGGACUACAUGUAGAGAAAAAUAUUUAUUAAGGUUCAGCCCUUUAUUUUCAGAAAUGUGUGAUGAGAUAACACCCGUUGCACUUGAUAGCCACGUCAGCAUGUUUCAUGGUACAACUGCUAGUGGUCUUAAGUGUUUGGACCCGGUUUUUUUUCUUACAAAUCCUUUUCCGGUUUACACGGUUCAGUACUUGAACCAAGUUUGUCCUAAAAAAUAUUUGCAAGGUAGUAGUGAGAAUGUUGAGGAUUGUAGAUUUCAUGUGGCAAAUCAUGUUCAAGAAGAGAUUGGUAAUACUUUGGGAUUUGAAUGUACUAAACUUACAAGAAAGGAUAAGUACAUAAUUUUGGCUGGUAAUGAAGGGGUUGUUAAGGAUGGAAAAUCAUUCACCAAUCAACAAUAACCAACUUAGGUUUCAUGAAAAUGUGGGGGGACCUAGAGAAAUUAAAUAAUGGUCAUCUUGGUUUUUUCUUCUUUAUUUGAUUUAAUUGAUUGUACUAUUGUGUUUAUUUUCUUAUCUAAAUUGUAAUGUAUAUUUUGUACUAUUAACUACUACAUAAUAGAAAGCAAUUAUUAAUUCUUAUUAAUUA